CUCUCUCGUGUUGCAAAUUUGCAAUAUUAGGCAUGUACAACCAGUUAAAGGUUGCACAAAAUCUCCCAAGACAGAGUAAAGGCCAGUGAACAAGCUACCUACAUGGAAAUCCCCGUCCUCUUCCUCUUCCUCUUCCUCUUCUUGCUCCUCCAUGCAACCAUCUCCGCCGCCACCGGCGGCGGCGGCGGGUGCAACCGCCUGUGCAACGGCACCGUCGUCCCAUACCCCUUCGGCUUCUCCGUCGAUUGUCCCAUCCUUCUCGCCUGCAACGAUUCCACCUCCACGGCGCUCCUGCCACACACCGCUACCGCGGAGGCGCCGUACCCGAUCCGGUCGUUCAACUCCACGGCCUCUACCCUCGUCGUCUCCCUGGCGCCCUCGUGUAACCGCAGCGUCCCCGAGGCCAAGGAGUCGCUCAGCGGCGCCGGCUACGGUGUCUCCUCCCGCACCGGGCUCUUCCUCCGCCGUGGCUGCCGCACGCCGGCGGUCUCAAACUGCUCUGUCCCGGGGGACUUCAUGACCAGUAUACUCCGCACGGUGCAGUGCGGUGGCACCGGCAACGACACGGCCUGGACGUGCGUCACCUCGGUACCGAACACCACCGCGGCGGCGAUGGGGCAGCGCCAGUUCCUGGAGUGGGCGAACGUGGAGGCCGCCGGGUGCGACGACGCUCUGACGGCGGCGCUGUAUGGGGAGACGCCGCAGGGGGUGCCGUCGUUGGAGUUCGGCGUGGUGGAGCUGGGCUGGUGGCUCAACGGGACUUGCGCCGGGGCCGGCCAGUGCGCGGAGAACGCGAUGUGCCACGACGUGGUGACGCCGGGCGGCGCUUCGGGCCACCGGUGCACGUGCCUGGACGGGAUGUCCGGCGACGGGUUCAAGGCCGGCGACGGGUGCCACCCAGCUAAGAAGGGUUCCAAGAAGAAUAUCCCCAUCAUAGUUGCAGGUGCUGUGGUGGGCGUCGCAGCGGUCGCCGGUGUGCUUCUCCUCUGCCGGUUGCAAUGCCGGCGCUCCACCGCCGGACACUCCGGCUCGGGUCGGCUCGCGGCGAUGCGGCUCCUGUGUGAGGCGGCGACGUCGAGCGGCGUGCCGGUGUACUCGUACCACGAGGUGGCUCGCGCGACCAACUCCUUCUCCCACACGCACCGCCUCGGCACGGGCGCCUACGGCACCGUCUACGUCGGCAAGCUCCCCGCGAGCGCGCCGUCGCUCGUGGCCAUCAAGCGCCUGCGCUGCCGCCACCACCACGAGGACGACGGCGACGCUGCGGCGGCGCUGCUGCUCAACGAGAUCAAGCUCAUCUCCUCGGUGAGCCACCCCAACCUUGUCCGCCUCCUCGGCUGCUGCCUCGACCGCGGCGAGCAGAUCCUCGUGUACGAGUACGUGCCCAACGGCACGCUCUCUCAGCACCUCCUCGGCGGCCGCCGGGGAAGCCGCCUGUCGUGGCGCGCGCGCCUUGGCGUGGCCGCGGAGACGGCGGCCGCCAUCGCGUACCUGCACGGCAUGCGGCCGCCCAUCUUCCACCGCGACGUCAAGUCCAGCAACAUCCUCCUCGACGGCGAACUCCGGUCGAAGCUCGCCGACUUCGGCUUGUCCCGCUCCGUCGACCGCCUCGAGGCGUCGCGCUCGCAUGUCUCCACCGCGCCGCAGGGCACGCCCGGGUACGUCGACCCAGAGUACCACCAGAACUUCCACCUCUCCGACAAGAGCGACGUGUACAGCUUCGGCGUCGUACUGCUCGAGCUCAUCACCGCCAUGAAGGUCGUCGACUUCGACCGGCCGGCGACCGAGAUCAACCUCGCCUCCCUGGCGCUCGACCGCAUCGGCAAAGGCAAAGUCAACGAGAUCGUUGACCCGGUGCUCGUUGACCACGACGAGGAGUGGGUCAUGGAGUCGGUCUGUCAUGUCAGCGAGUUGGCAUUCCGGUGCCUCGCGUUCCAGAAGGACGUCCGGCCGUGCAUGAACGAGGUGGCCGCCGAGCUGUGCCGGAUCAGGGCCGCCGCCCCGGACUCCGAUUCCAAUCCCAGGUCCGGGCUCGGGCCUAUGAUCGGCCUCCAGAUCGAAACGGGCUUUGAUGGCCCGGACACGGUGGCGAGGAAGGUGGUUUCGCCGGUGUCAGUGCAGGAGGUGUGGGUCAGCGAUCAGAGCUCGCCGUCGACCAACGGCUCCAAGCCGCGCUUUUCAUAACUAAGCUAGUUCUUUGUACACUGCGGAAAUGAGAUGAACUUACCAAUUUUUUUUAUCAUUAAGCGCAGCUAAAUUCACUCCACGGGAUUUUAAAACCAUUCAUUGUUGUAUUGUAUAGUUAUAUUACAUGCAAAUAUGUAAUGCUCAAUAUUAUCCAUUAUUU